AUGGUCUCCACGAAAAGAUCAAGGAAGUGAGAUGGGCUCCAUCUCUAGCAGGAGCUCCAAGGUGGUGAAGCUAUGGAGGAGAGGACCACUCAAGCUCGAUCAAGCGGGGUGCCCGAGAUUUCCAGGCUGGAGGAAGUGGUACCGCAUUCUAUGCGUCGGGGACCUACCAUUGGCUGGUAGUCGCUCGUUUUACGAUAGUGAUGGGCCGCCUCACCUCACCAACGUGGUCGCCAAGCAUCUUCUUCAAGCUACGAGGAAUGGUCCGUAAAGCUCGCCUCUUCGGACAAUCCCCUUGUCCAAAUUGAUUGGGUCGGCUCUCCAGAUCCAUUGGCGCUGCAUGGUUGAUCGCUCGGAUCCAACUCCAGAAUGGUGUCCGAGGAGCACGAGCGGCUUGUUCGCCCAGCCUUGCAGCAAAUUUCAAAGUCUCUCAAGAGCCAUGUUGAGCCUGCGACUCCACGGUCCGUCACGAGCACCAGAGCUGUGAGGGACUCGGCUAUGGAGGACCCGGACGGUGUCCUGGCCAGUGUAGCACUGUGCAUCGAGCAGCUGAGAGGAGCAAGCUUCAGCCCCCAGGAGAAAGAGAAUGCCUCCAAGCAGCUUUUGGUGCUCGUGGAGGAGCGAGAUCAAAAUGCCAAGAAGGCGAUCACAUCUCACACGCAAGCGAUACCACUGCUGGUGAAUUUGCUGAGAACAGGUACCACCAGUUCCAAGAUCAAUGUAGCGGCGGUCAUGGCCCUUCUUUGCAAGGAGGAGGAGCUGAGAAUGAAAGUUCUUCUGGGGGGAUGCGUUCCGCCUUUGCUCGCGCUGCUCAAGGUUGGAUCCACAGUCGCUCACAGUGCUGCAGCAAAAGCGAUUUUUGCCGUGACCACCACUGUCGACCACGUUGGGGCCAAGAUUUUUUCCACCGAGGGUGUGGUUCCAAGCCUGUGGGAGCAAUUCCAACCGGGCAACAAGCUCGAAACUAGCGUGCUGGGGCUCUUGACCGGAGCUCUUCGCAACCUUUGCAACAAGAACAACGUCGUAGAGGGGUUCUGGUCGGCAACUCUAGACGCCGGGGGGAUCCAGGUUCUAGCAGCUCUUCUCGGGAGUGGAAACUCGGACGCACAGGCCAAUGCAGCUUCCAUCCUGGCCAGCUUGAUGGACGCUGUAGAAACAAGCGGACCCAAAGUUUUCUCCACGACUGGAGCUCUCGAUCAGCUGUUUAAGUUGCUUGAGAAUGGACACGAGACGGGAGUGAGAGCCGAGGCCGCCGGAGCUCUUCGUGCUCUCACGCAGCACUCACCGGAAGCUCGUCAGUAUAUCACAAAGACAAAUGGUGGCGGGAUGAUACGAGAAUUGAUCGCGGCCGUGGUAGCUCCUUCCAAGGAGUUCAUGCAAGGAGUUUUCGCCCAGCAGCUUCAGGAGAAUGCGAUGGGAUCGCUGGCCAACGUUCUCGGAGGAAUGACGACGGUGGUCGGGCGUUUAGCCGAGGAGCUCAACCAGCAGCAACAAGUUGGAGCGGUCAGUGCAGACACAGUCGGCGCUCUAGCGUACGCUCUCAUGGUCAUCGACUCUUCCUCGGCAGAGAAGGAUUCUUCCGGCUGUGUCGUCAAUCCGAGCUCUCUGGAGAGGCUUCUGGUGAAGCUGAUGGAGCAUCAAGAUGUUGAUGAACUACUCAAGGAGCACGUCAUCGAGGCACUGGCGAGUUUGUACAGCAACACGUACUUGGCGUCCAAUCUCGAGCAUGCCGAGGCGAAGAAGAUGCUUGUCGGCUUAGCGACGUUGGCCGAUCCAUGGAUCCGAGUGGAGCUUAUACGAGCGCUCAGCAGCAUUUGCAGUGGGAAGGCCGGACUUUGGGAGUCUAUCCGCGGUCGGGAUGGUGUCCAGUUCAUGAUAUCCUUGCUUGGAGUUUCUUCCGAGCAGCAGCAAGAGUACGCAGUGGCGCUGCUUUCCAUUCUCUCGAGACAAAUCGAUGAAAGUAACUGGGCCAUCACAGCCUCUGGAGGAAUUCCACCGCUCGUCCAGCUUCUCGAAACAGGCUCUCCAAAGGCGAAAGAAGACUCGGCAAUUGUUCUCGGCAAUCUUUGCUCUCACAGCGAAGAUAUCCGUGCCUGUGUUGAGACUGCCGAAGCGGAGGCAGCACUUUUGUGGCUGCUCAAGAACGCUAGCCCCGAAGGACAAGAGAUCGCUGCUCGUGCCAUAACUAAGCUUGUGAGACGACCGGACGCUGAUACUUUGAGCCAGCUUACGGCCAUGCUCGUCGGGGACUUACCAUCUUCGAAGCAGCACGUACUGGAAGUUACGAGCUGCUUGCUCGCUGUAGUUGCGGAGCAAGACAUGGGCAAGGAAGGAGCUGCUGGCUACGAGGCCUUCGACACGCUCAUGACUUUACUCGAGUCUCCAAGCAGCAAGGAGACGCAAGAAAAGGCUGCCUCGGUGAUAGCCAGGGUCUUUGCUCUUCGCCAGGACAUGCAUCACAGUCCUCUUGUCCAAAAGGCCGUCGGACCUCUAAACAAGCUCGUCAGGAACAUCAACGAGGAGGAGCCAGGGACGAUCAGCGUUGCUGCUCAGGCGGCGCUAGCUCUGGCUGCCUUGUUUUCUUCUAUCCGAGAGCAUGGCUACGUGAAAGACGCUGCCGUGGACGCUAUAACACCGCUGGUUGCUCUGGCCAAGGUGACGAGCUUAGCUCCCGCUGAAGCAGCAGUGAAAGCACUCGCGUUUCUCUUGGUGGACGAGGAGGUUGCCUUGGACGUGCCGCUUGGAGACUUGAUAGAUCCUUUCACUCGGAUUCUACGAGAAGGCAGUGAGGCUGGAAGAGACGAUGCUGCUGCGGCACUGGCUCGGCUCUUUGCGGUGCAUUCCAUCGACGACAAGCUUGCGGAGAGUAUUAGUUUCUGCGGCACCAUGGUGGCUCUAGCGGACCUCUUAACUGGAGUGAGCUUCGAUCAAGUGGAGACGAUCCAAGCUCUCGACGCGCUCUCGGCGGUGGCAAGGUCCAAGACGAAUGCAUCUUAUAGCCGUCAACUUCUGGGUGUGAUCGAGAGCCUGGGCCCGCUGGUUACGUGCGCUGCAAUCGGAUCACCCGUCCUUUGCGAGAAAGUUAUUGAGGUGCUGGCGAGACUUUGCCAGGACAAAGCUGCGAUCUUGGGAGGCUUGAUCGCAAACACUGACAAGUGCAUAGCUUCUCUAGCGGACCGGAUCAUCAGAUCGAGCAACGUUGAAGUUAAGAUUGGUGGAACGGCUCUUCUCAUAUGUGCCGCGAAGGAACACGGUCAGAAAGCCAUGGAUGCUCUUGCCGAGUCGGGAUGCGCUUCACUGCUGAUCCAGACUCUAGUCGGCAUGCUUCAAGGGAGCUCCGGAGAUGGUGAUUUUGAAACAGCCUCUCCCGGAGGCUUGGGAGCUACGACUGUUGCUCUCUGGCUUCUCUCCGUGAUCGCUACUCACGACAGCGGCAGCAAAGUUGCCAUCAUGGAGGCUGGAGCGAUUGAUGUUCUUGCGGAGAAGCUCGCCAUCUUUGCUCCAAACGCUCGACAGGCAAAGGUCGAGGAAUCUGGAAAUAACUGGAUCAGUGCCUUGCUCCUCGCGAUCCUUUUUCUCGACCGGGACGUCUCCCGUGCCCCGGCAACGUCUCGAGCUAUUCCAGCGCUGUCGCUGCUGCUCAAGUCGGAGGACACCAUGGACAGAUAUUUCUCAGCGCAAGCACUGGCAAGCCUCGUCUGCCACGGGAGUCGUGGAACUCUACUCGCUGUAGCCAACUCUGGAGCAGUCCCGGGAUUGAUUUCUCUUCUCGGCAGUGCAGAAGUGGAGGCAGGAAAUCUGGUGACACUUUCGGAGGAGUUUUUGCUGGUUUCCAGUCCCGACCAGGUUGCCUUGGAGAGGCUGUUUAGAGUCGACGAUAUCAGAUACGGUGCUACUGCUCGCAAGGCUAUACCAGCUCUGGUUGAGCUCCUCAAGCCAAAUCCAGGCCGUCCUGGUGCGCCACCUUUGGCACUCAGUCUACUUACGCAGAUUGCCGAAGCAAACCACGUUAACAGGGUGACAAUGGCCGAAGCUGGAGCUCUAGAAGCUCUCACAAAGUAUCUCUCUCUCGGCCCUCAAGAUGCCAUAGAAGAAGCUGCUGCCGAGCUCCUGAGGAUUCUUUUCAGCAGUCCCGAGCUUCGACGUCACGACUCGGCUUCAGGUGCAGUAGACCAGCUUGUAGCAGUGUUGAGAAUGGGAGCUCGAGGAUCCAGGUACACAGCAGCUCGAGCACUCCAGGGUGUUUUUGGUGCUGAGCAAAUACGAGGUGGAGACAUAGCGACUCAAGCUAUUGUACCGCUGGUUGAGAUGCUGAGUGCCGCUGUGGAGCGAGAGCAGCGAGCGGCAAUCGGUGCGCUGAUAUCUCUAGCGGCAGACAAUCCUCACAAGGCGAUCGUGAUUGGCGACGUUGAGCUCAAUACUUUAGAGAUCUUGAGCAAGAUACUGUCGGCCGACACUUCUUCGUCGUCACUUCAGCUUAAAGAGCAUGCAGCGGAGCUUUGCUCGGUCCUUUUUGCAAACGCACGAGUAAGAUCCAAGGCUGCUGCCAGUACCUGCAUCCUUCCACUGAUCGACUUGCUCAGUACCGCCGAGGCCGAGUCCGUGCAGCACGUCGCUACUCAGGCUCUCGAUAAUCUCUUGGACGACGAGCAACAGGCCGAGGCAGUAGCAGCAUAUGGUGCUGUGGUUCCACUCGUGGAGCUCAUAGUCGGUUCUAGCUUCAAGGUGCACGAGGUGGCAGUGAGUGCUCUGAUAAAGCUCGGGAAGGAUCGACCACUUUGCAAGCUUGACAUGGUAAAAGCCGGAGUGAUCGACAGAGUUCUCGUCAGUAUGGGACAGGAGCCUUCGCCGGACUCUUUUUGUGCUCGCGGAGCAGAACUUUUGAGGAUUCUGACCAACAACAGCAGCAUUGCAAAGAGCACGUCGGCGGCCAAGGCUGUCGAGCCCCUGUUCACGAUGCUGCAGACUCGAGCUGAGAUUGGACCUGCAGGCCAGCACAGUGCCGUCCAGACGCUGGUAAACAUCAUCGAAAAGCCACAAUGCACGGCUUCGCAAACUUUGAGUUGCGGUCUCGCUCUACAGCCGCUGCUGCAGCUUCUCGAGUCGACGUCCCAGUCCGUCCAACAAGUAGCAGCGGAGCUCCUCUCGCAUUUACUCGUGGAGCCUCGCUUCCAGCAGGAUCCAAUCACUCAAGCUGCGGUUCCAGCGCUUGUAAAGUUGGCGGGCAGCAGUGGUGCUCUCAGCGUCCAGCAAAGAGCCGUGAAUGCUCUGGAGCUUGCGUCUACCAGCUGGCCGGACGCACUGGUGGAGUCGGGUGGUAUCUCGGAGGUUUCGAAGAUCAUCUUGCAGACCGAUCCUCCGGCUCCGCACGGCCUGUGGGAAUGCGCUGCAAAGCUGCUCUCCAAUGUUUCACAGAACUACUGCCAGGAGCUCACGCCAGCAGUGGUUUCGAAGCUUUUAAGAUCCACGUCCGAGGCGACGGUGGCUGUGUCUCUGCACGCCUUGCUGGUCAUGGAGAAAGAGGACGCGUCCACCGCGGAGAUCAUGGCAGAGAAUGGAGCUGUCGAGUCUCUAGUGGAGAUUUUGAGGAGCCACCAAUGCGAAGAAGCAGCUGCUCGCCUCCUGGAGUCACUCGUGAACAACGUUACCGUUCGGGGCAUGAAAGCAACCAAGCUCGCAGUUUGUCCCUUGUCCGAGUUUCUUCUGGAUCCCCAGACACAGUCGGAGCAGGCAAGACUGCUGGCAGCUCUCGCUCUUGGUGAUCUCUUCCAGAACGACACUCUCUGCAAGUCGACUGAUGCUGUCUCGGCAUGCCGUGCCUUGGUGAGUUUACUGGAGGGCCAGCACAACGAAGAGAUACAAAUGGUGGCAAUCUGUGCGUUGCAAAACUUGGUGGUGAACAGUCGUCCAAACAAGCGCGCUGUUGCCGAGGCUGGAGGAGUGCAAGCUCUGCAAGAGCUCGUCGCCACCGCAAGUUCCGAUACUGCCGUGCAAGCUGCGGCUCUGAUCCGGAUUCUCUUCUCCAACUAUACGAUCCAGGAGUUCGCAUCCAUAGAGGUGAUCCAAGCUUUACUCGCGUUACUCGAGAAGGAUUUGUGGUCCAGAGAACCGAUCAAAGACGAGGUGAUCAAAGCCAUCAACACGCUCUUCAACCUCUAUCCGAAGUUCCGGAUCACCGAGAUAGCCACCGCCAGCAUUCCUCUUUUGAUCGGAGCUAUGAAGACCGAGUCGGAGGUGGCGCAAGAGGCAGCACUGGACACUCUCUUCCUCUUUCGCCAGACAUGGUCGGCCAGUCCGGAAGAAGAAGGCCGAGCUCAAGCAAACGCAAUGGCGGACGCCAUACCCGUGCUCCAGAUGCUCAUGAGAACCGGUCCUCAGCGCUUCCACGAGCGCAUAGAGCUUCUCCUGCAGUGCUUACCCGGGAACUUGCUGGUUAACAUCAAGCGUGGAAACAACUUGCGGCAGUCCAUGGGUGGAACCAACGCGUUUUGCAAGAUUACGCUGGGAAGUGGACCUCCUCGACAGACACGAGUUGUUUCCAACAACAGUGCUCCGCAAUGGGAGCAAGGAUUUGCGUGGGCUUUCGACACGCCCCCAAAGGGCCAGAAGCUUCACAUAUCAUGCAAGAACAAGGGAGCCUUUGGAAAGGCAUCGCUUGGUAAAGUCACCAUACAGAUCGACCGCGUGGUUUUGCUGGGCAACUUAAGUGGAGAGUAUCAACUCAAGCCCGAUAGCAACCGAGAUGGAAGUCCGCGCACGCUGGAGAUAGAAUUCCAAUGGUCUAACAGGUGAUUCUCAGCGACAGUUCUAGAGGUAAGAAACGAGGGGAGGCUUGUAUACAUGUGAAUAACCAAGGAUUUUUGCAAGUGGAAAGUUUUGACAGUUUUUCUUCAGUGAAUAAAGGGCUUGUCUUUCAAAA